GCUUGGAAGAGCUCAGUACUGUGAAGCUUGGUAGAAUGGGCUCCGGGGUAGAAAGGGUGCAGGAGAAGGCGACAGGGCUCUGGCCAGACAGGGAGGGCGGGGCGCGCUUAAAGGGGCCAAGCGCCGGGAUCAGGUGGGCAUUUAAAGGGACACGUUCCGAAGAGACAUUUAAAGGUGCAAAUGCCCAAGGUGGAGCACUUUCUUGAGGAGAUCGGAUUGGCAGAUAGAAGACAUUUAAAGUGGUCCCCUCGACCCUGUUCCCAGGCUAUGGCCCUCAAUGCCCAGUAGACCUGGCGGGGCUCCUGGGCUUGCGGCCCCUGUCUAGGGGUCUGGGUGGCUACCGGAGGUCUUUGCAGAGGGGCAAAGGCAGGACCAUGGCAUCUGGGACCUCGGAACUUCCCCAGGGGCGCAUCGUGACAGCGGGCAUCAUCAUUGUUGGAGAUGAGAUUCUCAAGGGACACACUCAGGACACCAACACAUACUUCCUGUGCCGGACACUGCGGUCCCUGGGGGUCCAGGUUUGCCGAGUCUCUGUUGUACCCGAUGAGGUAAACACCAUUGCAGCCGAGGUGACCUCUUUCUCCAGCCAGUUCACCCAUGUCCUCACUGCAGGGGGCAUUGGCCCCACUCACGAUGAUGUCACCUUUGAGGCAGUGGCACAGGCCUUUGGGGAGGAGCUCAAGACACACCCUGAGCUGGAAGCGGCCAUCAGAGCCCUAGGAGGGGAGGGCAGGGAGAAGCUGUCGCUGGUGCCCUCCUCCGCCCGCCUACAUUAUGGUACUGAUCCUCACACCGGCCGCCCCUUCAGAUUCCCACUGGUCUCCGUCCGAAACGUCUACCUCUUCCCAGGCAUUCCAGAGCUGCUGCGUCGGGUGCUGGAGGGGCUGAAGGGCCUGUUCCAGAACACAGCUGUUCAGUUCCACUCGAGAGAGCUGUACGUGGCUGCUGAUGAGGCCUCUAUCGCUCCCAUCCUAGCCGAGGCACAGGCCCACUUUCAGGGAAAGCUUGGCCUGGGUUCCUACCCUGACUGGGGCAGCAACUAUUAUCAGGUGAAGCUGACUCUGGACUCUGAGGAAGAGGGGCCCUUGGAGGAAUGCCUGGCUUACCUGACUGCUCGUCUGCCCCAGGGGUCGCUGGUCCCCUAUGUGCCCAACGCUGUGGAGCAGGCCAGUGAGGCUGUGUACAAAUUGGCCAAAUCAGGCAGCACGACCCGUGUGACAGCUCUGUGCACCUACCUGAUGCCUUUCCCUGCCAAUGUGGCAGGGUCUUCUCUGGGGAAAAAGGUAGCAAGUGCCCUCCAGAUCAUUGAGGCUGCCCUGGCCCAGUACCACCUCUCCCAGCUCUGCCUGGGCUUCAACGGGGGCAAGGACUGCACCGCCCUCCUGCACCUCUACCAUGCUGCUGUGCAGAGGAAAUGUCCUGAUGUUCCAAAACCUCUCCAGAUCCUGUAUAUCCGCAGUAUCUCCCCAUUCCCUGAGCUGGAGCAGUUUCUACAGGAUACUAUCAAAAGGUACAAUCUUCAGGUGCUGGAAGCCGAGGGGGGCAUGAAGCAGGCCCUGGGCGAGCUGCAGAGACAGCACCCCCAGCUGCAGGCUGUCUUGAUGGGCACCCGCAGGACUGACCCCUACUCCCGUAGCCUCUGCUCCUUCAGUCCCACUGACCCCGGCUGGCCUGCCUUCAUGCGCAUCAACCCACUGCUGGACUGGACCUACAGAAACAUCUGGGACUUUCUGCGUCAGCUCUUUGUCCCAUACUGUAUCCUGUAUGACCAAGGGUACACGUCACUGGGGAGUCGGGAGAACACAGUGCAGAACCCAGCCCUGCAGUGCCUGAGCCCAGGAGGGCACCUCACCUACCGCCCAGCAUACCUACUAGAGAAUGAAGAGGAAGAACGCAACUCCCGCAUGUGACAACCCUCCUGUGGGCUGCCCUGGGUGCAGCCUGUCAAUAAACUAAGCUUUUCUCUGUU